AAUGAUUAAAUUGGAGGCUCACACCUUCCAUCAAAAAAAUGUUCUGACCCCCACUUAAUUAUCAAAUAAAUCUCCCUUAGAUAUAGUUAGAUAGAAAAAAAUCAUUUUCAAACGAGAACUGUUAAAUACAGAGUAGAAUUACCUCGUUCAAGUAAGUCCUUAUUUUUAUAAUCAUUAGACUGAAGAGCAUGAGGAAAUUAUAUACCUAAAACCUGAUGUUCCAGAUCUCAUUCUGACUGAUCUUACCAACAUGGCCAUAUAAGAAGAUAUCUCUGAAUAUUAGGCCUUGGAGUAUCAUAACCGAGUAGCAAAGCUGUUAGAAUUUUAUACACAGAAUUAGUAACUCAAAUUCUUACCUUAGGAUCCAAGUUUAAUACACAUCAGUUUUAUUCACAAAAAUAAAUUAUGCCAUCAUACUUAAGAAAUACGCAGCUCAAAAUGAAGCCUUGGAGAUAUUAUUAGAUUGUGAUUAGAUUCUCAAGACCAAAGGCAAAGCACUCAAAAAGAGUUCGUCUGAAAGUUUAAACUUAGCAUAAAUAAUCCAAAACAAACUCUUAAGAUUGAGACUCGUCUUUCAAGUUACAUUGUUAUUUUCUGAAACAAAAAAGUAAAAUCUAUAUUUUAACUCAGAAAUAAACAGGCCUUAGAAAAGGCCAAAAAGACUUUAAGAAUCUUAAAGAGUAUUAUAUAGAAUACUAUAAAAUUAUGUCAAUAAAUAACUGUAAUGUCAUUAAUGAAUAAAAAACAAAGAGCCAAUUCAGAAGUUAAUUCUGCUUUACAAAAAAUUUACACAUCCUAAACCACCAACAUAACUUCGCAACAGUCCCAAGUUUUAUCCUAUCCACAAAUUGUAGAGAUUGUAUUCAAAGAAAUACUGGGUUCUAUUACGAGUAUGCUACCCAACGAGGAAAAACCUAAUGAUGUUAUAAAUAUUCAAAAUUUAAUGAUUCGAAGUUAUCAGAAUCGGAGUCAAUCACUUUUUGCUUCAGAAUACAUAUUUCAACCAUAAAAUAAUUCACAAAAUAAACUAUUUACAGUAAUUGAUGAUAAUCAUCCUAUGUUGCAAAUGUAAAUUUUAGGAUUGAUGUAAUUAACUUAUGUAGAUUUAGAGGAGUUAUUCCCUAUUAAUAGUUAUGAGAUGGUGAUGGCCGAAGAAGUCAUCCUAGAAUUAGUAAGAUAUUAUCAAUCUAUUCAUUAGAUCAUGUUGACAGGAUUGAGUUUCUAUAGCAUUUCAACUGAGCUUAGAUUCAUCAACAAUCAAUCCAAUAAACUAACUGUAGAGAUAUGGCUUGGCAAAGCUGUAGAAAUAUUCUACACCUAUGUUCCACAUUCUAGUGCUAUCUUUAAUCAGAUUUAUCAAGUCUAUCAAAAAUUAUAUGGAGUAGACAAAUAAUCUAUUGUAAUCUAUUUGCAACAUAAUUUAGCCAGAAGAUGAGGAAAUCGAAUAUCAUACAAAGCUAUUGAAACCACAUCCCUAUAACAACAAAUCGACUCUCUCCAAUAAAGUUGUCAUCGUCAUCAAAGUCCCUAAUUAAAACAAAUAAUCACAAUCCAGAGAAACGGAAACUAAAUAAUCUUAAAACACUCAGACAACUUUCUAAAAGAUUUAAUAAUAAAUAAUAGUUAAAAAGUAAAUCCUCUUCCCUCAAAAGCAUACUUUCACUUAACCAGACUCAGAUAAGAAAUUGGACACGAUGUAGGAUGAAAAAGAUAAGUCUCCACCUUUGCAACAACAACUAUUUCUCAAAAAGGCUAAUAACCCAUCAAAUUCGACUGAUGUAAAAUAAAGAGUAGAAUUCUUAAUGAAUUAAAUUCUUAAUCAAUAGGCUAGACUCACUCAAGAGGAACUUAAACAAAAACACUAGCCCAUAACCAUUCUAAAACAAAAGUAUUAGGUAACAUCUAAGAUCCAGGAUAAUACAAAUAUUUUCAAUCCUCUCAUGACUUCAUAAUUUAAAACCACUGCUACUGUUAGCAGAUCUCUAUCGAAUUCAAGGAAAACUAGUUAAGUUAACCUCAAAAAUUAAUCCAAUGGAGUUAAAACUGCUUAAAUGAGAUAUCGUACUCAAGUAAACUCUGGAGAUGAAUCAUCUAAAUAAUUUGCUUAAAAUCUAGCUACUUAAUUGGCUAGUAUUAAUCGCUAAACAACAGUAAAUAUUUAAUAUAGUAUUCAUAGAAAGGGUUUAUGCUAAAAAGAAGUGAUUCUGCUAAAAAACCAAAAGUUCCAUUUCAAUAACAUUGA